AUGUCUGCCGACGAUCUCAAGAAGCUCGAACAAGAGCUCAAGGAACGUGAGUCCCUCCUCCAGGCUCGCCAAGCCGAACUCGACCGCCGCCUCGCCGAGAUGGGCAAAAGCGUCGACAACACUACAACCUCCCCAAACCCUAGCCCCACUCCCUCCUCCUACGUCGCCUCUAUCAAAAGCCAUGUCCCUGUUACCCUUGAUCUGCAGGAAUCCAACUACGCCAAGUGGCGGGAACUCUUCCUCGUCGCGCUCGGGCGCUACGGCCUCACCGCCCACGUCCUCGGCACCACCGGCGCUACGCCAUCGGACACGUCGCCCACAUCUGACUGGGCACGGGACAACUACACCGUCCUCUCCUGGAUCUAUGGCUCGAUCUCCUCCGAGCUCCUCGGCAUCAUCAUGGCCCCUGGAUCCAUGGCGCGGCAAAUCUGGGACGCGCUGGCCAGCCUCUUCCACGACAACAAGAAAAGCCGCGCUCUCGCCAUCGACGCGGAGUUCCGCAACACCCCGCAAGGAGACAUGAGCGUCCACGACUACUGCUCCAAACUCAAGUCCUUCGCCGAUGCCCUCGCCGACGUCGGCCAGCCUGUCUCCGACGAAACCCUCGUCCUCACGGUCCUCCGCGGCCUCAACGAGCAGUUCAGCCAUCUCCGCUCGUUUCUCCCGUACCAGGUGCCGUUUCCCACCUUUCUUCAAACACGAUCUGCUCUUGUCCUUGAGGAGGCACAGAAGAAGACCGACGCCAAGAAUGCGGCUGCCUCCGUGCUCUGGGCCAGCGGCAACAGCAUCAACCCGCACGCUGGUGGCUAG